GCACAACCCGUGUCCACACCCCUUCUUUGCUCUCAGCUCACAGUCUCCCUCUUUCUUUCUCUGUCUGCUGUGGACCAGUCUCUCUCCUUGCCCUCCUUCACUCCCACACUGCACCUCUCUUAUCCCGACUUCAAGGGCUUCCAUUUGGAUCUCAGCACUUUUCUUUUCAUUCAUUUUUUUGGAAAAGGAGGGAGGUCCCAUCGGAAAGCGGCUUCUGCGUUUGAUGCUGUGAGGACAUCCAGUUGUCGUGCAGUCAUUAAACCAAGGAACCAGACUUGACCAUCAUGAAUGUUCAGCUGCUGCUCCUGUUGAUCUGUGCCUCCACACAUGCAAGUCCCACGGUGGUCCCAACAGACCUUGACUAUGUAGCGACCGACUCCGUAGCAGAAGUCACCUUGGAAGCCACAGAGGCCAGCAAAGAGCUUGAUGUCAUCACCGGUCUUUCGUCAGCCCACCCAGUGACGGCUGAACAACGAGAUGCGGUGGACGUCACGACUCAGGGGCCCUUUGCUCAGGUGACGCUCAGCACUAUGGAGCCCGCCGUCGAGACCGAAACACUCACUCCAGUUGCCACUGAGGCCGCCGAACCCUUUAACACCGAGCCCCCUGCCGUGGAGAGCGGCCCUACGAAGGCCCCCGAAGAUGCUGAGGUCAUCCCUCAUUGGACAGAAGCUGUCAAGGCGGACACGGCGGACGAGGUGGAUGUUGAAGAUGGUGCAGAGGAAGGCCUGAGCUCGGGCCAGGUUGUCGGCAUCGUGAUUGGCGCUCUGCUGGCGGUCGUCAUCGUCAUUGCCGUAGUGAUUGCUGUUGUGAAGAGGAUGGGAAAAUACUCCCCCUGAAGAAGAAUAAGACGAAGGCGGCCAAGCAGCAGGAGCUGUCAAAGUUCUGGAAAUUCUGAACUACUGAACUGUGAGGUCAAUUACAAUCAAUUAAACAAAAACAGCUAUUAAGAAUAAUUAUAACACAAGAACCUAAUGAUUCUAAGCAGGACUCGAACCGUUAUGUUGCUCAAAGAAAAGGACGGGAGGGUAGUUUGUAUGUACAGUAUGUAAGACAAGAGUCAUGUCGCUCAUUUACCUCCCCGACCACAAAGCCAAUUGAGUUAUUGAUAUACUCUAAACAUAAUGCACAAAAGAAUUGCUCAGUAAGACGUGAUCUGGCAUCAGCGCUAUAGUGAUAUAGUAAUUAGAUUUAGUUGUUUUUUUUAUUUUGGAAUGGGAAACUUCCAUUGAGACGUUCGUCAGUUUGUUAGCUAGGCUACGUCCUGGUUCAAGAAUGCUGACGUUAAGAUAUUAAGAAUUGGGCAAAAGGACCCUACCGAUUUGCAGUCUGGGGUAGGGCGGAUGAUUCGAGGGUGAUUUACACUGUGGACAGAGAAAUGCAUUUCUAUAACAAAAGUGAAAGAUAUGAAGGGGCACCAUAAUUUUUGUUUGUUUGUUAGCAGGCUGCUUCCUGGUUUAAGAAGACUCAUUUAAAAUUUAGGAUUAGACAAAAAGGACUCUGCUGAUUUGCAUUUUCUGGUGGUGGAUAUUCAUCAUUCAUAAUUUACAUUGCAGAAACAAAAAAAAAUGAAUGUCUUUCACAAAAGUGAAAACAUUAUGGAGUGCCAUACUUUAUUGUUAAGUUGUAGUUAACAUGCUACUUUCUGUUCAAGACAAAUGACAGAAUAGUUAAGGCUUAGCCAAAAUGAACUUUUCCAAGUCUUGGGAGUUCUACCAUGACUCAAAUGGCAAGCAGAGGAAAUUCCAUUGAAAGUUGAAUUUGUGUUUGUUUGUCAGGAAUUUUGUAAUACAGGCUACUUCCUAGUUUGAAGACUGAUGAAAGGCUCUGCGAAUAGACAAAAAGUACCCCACCAAUUUGCAUUCUUGGUCAGUGGGAAUGCUUCUACUUUGAUUUACACUGUGGAAAAAGAAACACAUUUCCUAACAAAAGUAACAAUAUGAAGUUCUAUAUUUGUUUUUGUUUGUUAGUUUGCAGGAGUCUUUCUCCACCAAAAUGCCUGACAGAAGACUUUCUAUUAUGACUCAAAAGUCAAAAAAGCAAAUAUCAUUUGUGUAUCCAUCUAUUUUGUGUUUUGUUGUUGUUGUUUAACUAGCAAGCUACUUCCCAUUUAGAAAAGAAAUACAAAGAAUGGAGAAAAAUGACAAAAUCAAUACGUUUCUUUUAUAAAAAUGAAGAAAAAACACUAGAAUUCUACCCAUUUUGAGAUGAUGGCAAAAAGAGAAAAUAUAUUUCUCUAACAUAAAUGAAAAGAUUGUGAAAAACCAUAUUCGUGUUUGUCCAUCAGUUUGUUCACAUGAAGGCUACUUCCUGAUUCAAGAGAAAUGCUUCUGAAAAGAUCAAACAAAAUCAGCAGUUUAUAUUCUGCAGAAUGUUUUCCAUCCUGCCUCAAAUAGUGUGCCAAAAAGAGAAAAGAAAUGAUCCACAUUUAGUCAGACUUGCACAAAAAUGUUAUUUUAUUUUUUAUCUGCAUUUGUGUAAAAAUUUCCCAUUCAGAAUCUUGCUACCUAACAAACCGAGCAACAAAAGAUUUUCGAAUGAGAUAAUUAAAUGCAAGGGUGGCACUGGUUAGCAUGUCUGCCUCACAAUUCAGAGGUGCAGGGUUCAAUUUUGGUUCUGGCCAUCCUGUGUGGAGUUUGCGUGUUCUCCCCAUGCCUGCGUGGGUUUUCUCAGAGUACUCUGGUUUUCUCCCACAUUCCAAAAACAUGCAUUGUAGGCCGACUGAACCCGCCACAUUGUCCAUAGAUGUCAUUGUGAGCGUGAAUGCUUCAUUGGCUUUAUGAGCCCUGCGAUUGGCUGGCUACCAGUUCAGGGUGUACCUCGCCUACCACCCCCAUUGACUGCUUGGAUAGGCUCCAGCACGGCCGCGACACUCAUGAAGACGAAUGAAUGAAUAAAUAAACGCAAAGCGAAAAGCAGUAAAUAACGAUGGUUUUAAAUUAGACACAAUAUCUUGGGACUUUGUCAACACUGAUGUACCGUAGCACAAGCUCUCAUUAGUGACAUGUGGCACCGCCAGACCUGUUAGCAAGCAUUUCCUCAUUUAGCGACAUUCACUGACAUUUUGUUGGAAAACUGUGCAAAGAAGUGCUGUGUACAAAAUUGGCUUAGAGUGGGCCAGGGUGUGGGUUGUAAAAAAGAAAGAAAGAAAUGAAAGCAACAUUCUGCUUCCGAUAACACUGUCAUCUAAAAAUAAAAAUAAAUAAAAAAUGUAUCUGUGACAUUUCGCUGAAGGAUUUGCGCCACUGACACUGGUAGAUCAGAACCAUGUUAGAAUGCGUUAUCAAUGUGAACUGACUGCCCUUUUGCAAUUGACACCUCUUAAAAAGAAACAACUCUACUGUUGAAGUUUCACACAUAUCGAUCAUUGUUGUAAUAGCUGAUAAGCAGAAUGGCCGUUCAGUCUUCAAACUAAGUUGAAGUCCAACAGGCCUGCUUUGUUCUGUUCUUUAUGCAUUAAAGGGUGUACAAAUUAAGUCUUCGUUUGGCUUUGCAAAACUUGCGUAAUGUGCACUGACUGAAUGAUGUAAUCAUUAAUGAAUAGGCUUUAAGACACAGCAAAUGUUUGCAAAGACGUGUUUUGUUUUUCCUUCCUCCUGCUUUGCCAUGUGAUGUUUUUACCAACAGGUCUCUAAUGCGUGCCGUCUGAAUGGUUUGAACCCUUUAAUUUAAUUUCUUUUGUUCUUACUGUUUCAAUAAAAAAACAAACACAUAAAAA